UUGUUUCCUCUGACUUUAAUAAACACCGGCAGCAUCACCAUCAGUGCGUCUUUACGCGAAUUUACGCACGUGGCGUCACUUAAGACAAACACUAUUCUGUGGACUUGUACACACAUUCCAGCUGUUCCACGCAGACCGAAGGUUUAUAGGGUGAAGGUAUUUGUAUUAAAGCUUUUCUGGAUGAAUCCUGAGCACCACUCAGGAUGCUGUCAUGAGUCUUUAUUAAGAUAAAUCGUCGUUACGAACAAAAUGUGAUUUGGCUGUUUUAGAUGUUGGACUGGAGUUACAAGGUGAACUUUGUGUAAACUCCUGAGUACAUGCAACAAGGCAAGAUUAGAAACAAAUAAAAUGACAUUAUUUUCUGAACUUCGAAUCAAAAUUCCUCGCACAGGCGCGUGCGUGCAUCAUUUGAAUCCAUGGAAACGUUCAGAACGCAUAUAAAAGGCCCGUAACUUCGAUCGGUUCUUUUUUGCACUUGGACUUUGACUAGACUAGUUGUAAAUUGACCUCAACGCUAGAAAGCUCUCAAAAGCCGGACAGCAUCUCAAAAACAACCUUACUGAAGACCAACCUCAGCGGAUUAUCGAGAGAAAAAGAAGAACUUGCCGAAGAAAGCAGCAGUUGGACAGACGCAUACCUGCAGUUUGCAUUCAGAGGACUUGGGACCUCCACUGAUCCAGGGAGACCUCCAGCGUCAGAACUCCGGACGGUUUGAACACACACACAUUCACCACCUACACCAUGCUUUCCCCAUUUGCUCGCCCCUUCUCUCCUCGCUUCUCUUCCGCUCUUUCCCCCUUUGCUCCCUCCUUCUCCCCUCGCUUCUCUUCCGCUCUUUCCCCCUUUGCUCCCCCCUUCUCCCCUCGCUUCUCUUCCGCUCUUUCCCCCUUUGCUCCCCUCUUCUCUCCUCGCUUCUCUUCCGCUCUUUCCCCCUUUGCUCCCUCCUUCUCCCCUCGCUUCUCUUCCGCUCUUUCCCCCUUUGCUCCCCCCUUCUCCCCUCGCUUCUCUUCCGCUCUUUCCCCCUUUGCUCCCCCCUUCUCUCCUCGCUUCUCUUCCGCUCUUUCCCCCUUUGCUCCCCCUUCUCUCCUCGCUUCUCUUCCGCUCUUUCCCCCUUUGCUCCCCCCUUCUCUCCUCGCUUCUCUUCCGCUCUUUCCCCCUUUGCUCCCCCCUUCUCUCCUCGCUUCUCUUCCGCUCUUUCCCCCUUUGCUGCCCCCUUCUCUCCUCGCUUCUCUUCCACUCUUUCCCCCUUUGCUCCCACCUUCUCUCCUCUCUCCUCUUCCUCUUCCACCUCUUGCUCCUCCUUCACCCCUCUUCCUCCAGCUUCUCCCCCUUCUCCUCCUUCAUGCCCUGCCCCCUCUCUCUCCCCUUCUCCUCUCUCCCCUCCCCCUCCUCCCCCUCCUUCUCCUCCAUGCUCCUCCUCCUCCCUCCCUUCCUCUCCUCUUCUUCCUCUACCUCUCCCUCCUCCUUCACGCUCCACCACCUCUCUUCUUCCUCUCCCUGCUCCUUCUCCUCCUCUUCUUCCUCUUCCUCUCCCUACUUCUCCUCUCUUCUUCCUCUCCCAACUCCUCAACCUCCUCUCUUCUUCCUCUCCCAACUCCUCCACCGCUUCUCUUCUUCCUCUCCCUACUCCUUCACGCUCGUCCUCCUCUCUUCUUCCUCUCCCUAUUCCUUCUCCUCCUCCUCUCUUCUUCCUCUCCCAACUCCUCAAGCUCCUCUCUUCUUCCUCUCCCUCCUCUCCCUCCUCCUCUCUUCUUCCUCUCCCUACUCCUUCACGCUCCUCCACCUCCUCUCUUCUUCCUCUCCCUCCUCUUCCUCCUCCUCUCUUCUUCCUCUCCCAACUCCUCAAGCUCCUCUCUUCUUCCUCUCCCUCCUCUUCCUCCUCCUCUCUUCUUCCUCUCCCUACUCCUUCACGCUCCUCCACCUCCUCUCUUCUUCCUCUCCCUACUCCUUCUCCUCCUCUUCUUCCUCUACCUCUCCCUACUCCUUCUCUUCAUCUUCCUCUACCUCUCCCUACUCCUUCUCCUCUUCUUCCUCUACCUCUCCUUACUCCUUCUCUUCAUCUUCCUCUACCUCUCCCUACUCCUUCUCCUCCUCUUCUUCCUCUACCUCUCCUUACUCCUUUUCUUCGUCUUCCUCUACCUCUCCCUACUCCUUCUCUUCGUCUUCCUCUACCUCUCCCUACUCCUUCUCUUCGUCUUCCUCUACCUCUCCCUACUCCUUCUCCUCCUCUUCUUCCUCUACCUCUCCUUACUCCUUUCCUUCCUCGUUUUCAUUAAAUUUAAUUGUAUAUUAAAUUUAAUGAAUAUGAGGUUCACGGGGCGCAUUACAGUGGUGGCAUGGUGACAUACAUGUUUUUUGAUUUAGAUUUAGCAUACAAGAAGUCUUUAAUUCUUCCAUAGAAUGUGAUAUAUUUUCUGCAAGAUUCUAACACAUUUUCCUGUAGUUUUUUUUUUCUCCCAUCUCCAAGUUCUGAUGACCCCGGGACUCAAACCAAAAGAAGGAUGAGAAGAAGACCCAACAGAUGAGGCCCAGCUCCAGCAGACACGUGAAGAUGAGGAACCGAGCCCACCAGAGACGACCCUAGAGACGCCAACCAGCCUGCGAUGAGACGACAGGACAACUGUACAAGGAACAGAAUGCACUGCUGCUUCCUGGACACCAAAUGAUUUCAACAGGGAUGGAACAUCGAGAAGAAAUAAGUCAUUUUGAAGAAAAGAUGAUGGGAAACAUGUCCAGGACCAGUGCAUGAGAUGUGAGACCAGUCAACUAAUACAAAAGCUCUCUCUCCAAGACACCUGAUAAAAUGUAGAAUCAGAUCAAAACAAGAAACCCGAUAAGGAGCAGCCCCAGCAUGUGAACUCAGACUACGGAAGAGGGGAUGCUUAUUAUAGUGAUGCAAAAGGAGGAAGUCGGAGCACAAAGAGAAAACCCCACAGAGACACAGAGAGAACAUGGACAGAAAGAACCAGAUGACCAGCAGAAGACAAAGAAACAGUUCGAGGAGCCUCAGGACGAUCAACAACAGAAGAAACCUGUCAGAGAACUGGAAGAAGAUGACCAACAGCAUCAACCAGAGAAGAAGAAGAGAAGCUCCAGAUUACUCCAAAGGUAUCUCUGGAGCUGGCCUCACCGACCUGCAAAGACUUCAUGCUCCUUCCUUCCUCUGUACCCUCAUCCCAAAUGGAGGUUUUUUUCAACUUCCUGGCAACAGGAAGUUUUUUUCCUCCACACUGCUACCAAAUGCUUGAUCUGAUCACACUUCAAUAAGAGAGACUAAAAUAAAAAGUCAAAACAA